AUGAACCAAUCACUCCCACCCAACGUUCACAUCUCCACUCACCCAUGUCUCCAAGCCAAGCUCUCACAAUUACGAUCCAGCGAAGCCAAUACUCGCGAAACCAAAGCUCUCGUCAAUGAGAUUUCAUUGAUAAUAGGAUGUGAAGCUACAGCUGCUGGACUUACCGUUUCCAAAGGUCCAACUGCCAAAACACCCCUCGGAUACGAAUACACAACCACAACCAUAACCCCCUCCUCCAUCUCCCUAAUCCCCAUUCUCCGCUCCGGUCUCUCCAUGGUCGAAGCCCUCCAAACACUCCUCCCAACCCCUACCCCAGUUCACCACCUCGGACUCUUCCGCGAACCCACAACUCUCGAACCCGUUGAAUACUACAACAAUCUUCCCUACCACGCACCUCCUGCUUCUUCUCCCUCCAACACUCCAAAUUCCUCCGCUUCCGAGCUUGCUAUUUUGCUCGAUCCGGUUAUUGCUACGGGAGGUACUUGCGCUGCUGCUAUUCGCACACUGAGGGAAUGGGGUGUCAAGAGAAUUAUUGUGAUGAGUGUGUUAGCUGCUUUGCCGGGCUUGCAACAUGCGGCCAAUGAGUGGCCUGAGGGAACAGAGAUUUGGUGUGCGGGAGUGGAUGAGGAAGUUAAUGACAAGGGGAUGAUUAAGCCAGGAUUGGGGGAUGUGGGUGAUAGGUUGUUUUUAACUAUCGGAAAGUAA